AAUUAACCAAAACGUUGCUUUCCAACCGCCAUUUCAACAAGAAGAAGAGGACGAGGAAGAGGACGUCAUUGACCCGCGCCGAAGGAGAAAACGUGUGAAGAAAGAAGAAGAAGGGACAGACGAACCCACGUGAACGUGUGAGAGCAUGGCACCAAUUCAGGAGCCGGAGAGCCAGCUGGCUCAGAGGUUAGCCUCCAACGAGAAGGCCAUCCGGACCAAGGCUAUGAAGAAACUGCGGAAAUACAUCAGUGCCCGCUCCCAGAGAGCCGCAGGCGGAUUCACAGGAGAUGAACUCCUCAAGCUGUGGAAAGGUAUUUUCUACUGCCUGUGGAUGCAGGACAAACCACUGCUGCAGGAGGAGCUGUCAAACCAGAUCUCCACCCUGAUCCAUAGCUUCCAUGACAUCGACAAACAGCUGAUGUACCUGGGGAGCUUCCUGCAAACCUUUAAACGGGAGUGGACCGGGAUUGACCGGCUGCGGAUGGACAAGUUCUACCAGCUGGUUCGCUUUAUGUUCAGACAAAUGUUUGAAGUCCUGAGGAGGAAAGGUUGGGAGAGCAGCGCUAUUGGGAAUUUUUUGGAGCUGCUGAAGUCUCAUCUCCUGCAAAAUGAGAAUGAGGCACCCUCUGGGCUCCUGUUACACAUUCUGGACCUGUACAUAAUUGAACUGGCAGCUGUUGGUGCAGCAGAGCUCACUGCUGAUCAGAACCUGACUUUUAUAGAACCGUUCUGCAGGAAAGCAGCCAAAACCAAGAACCAAACACUCUUUAGCGCCAUCUGUAAAAGCUUUUUCAGCACCAUCAUUGAUCAGGCUCCUUUUGCUGUAGAGGAUUUAAUGAAAGAGGUGAAAACAGCUGAGGUCUCAGACUCGGAUUCAAGGCGGGAGUCUAAGGAAGAUGAGGACAAACAGGAGGAAGAUAACAGAAAGAGCAGAGCAGUCAGUAAGGACGGAGCUGAGAAGCAGAUCAACGGGAGUCAUUUGAAGACAGAAGAAGAAAGGGAUGAUGAGCUGCUUCAUUUGGAUGACUCUGACACUGAACUGCCAGAUGAAGAUGUCGGACCAGUUCUACAGUUUGACUAUGUUGCUCUGGCAGACAAGCUGUUUAAGCUGGCAAGUCGGAGCAGCACACCCGGCCAUAACAGACAGAAACUCUACAAAGUCAUCAAAGUGCUGCGAGAUCUCAGUGAAGGCACAUUUCCACAGGAUGAAUAUCCAGAGGAGGUUUCCACAGAUGAGGAUGAUGAUAUGUUUGGCAGUAGGAAGAGGAUGAAGAGAGCAGCUCGCAGGAAUGAGGAAGGGAAACCAGCAGAGAAGAUGCGCAAAGCUGACACUGAAACUCACUGUUGAUGCAUCCUCUUAGAGUUCAGCUAUUUCCAAUCUCACCAUUCCAACAGGCACAGGCAUCAUGUAUGCUGGAUGAGACACCAGUGCCGCCUUAGUGCUGUUCUCUGAUGAAAGUUGAUUCACGUUGAGCAGCAGUGAUGGCCACCGAAGAUGUUGGAGAGGAGAGCGCUAUGCAUCAGCCAGACAAGCCUUUAGUAGUGGUGGUGUUACAGCCCAGACCUAAUUUCAUCUUCAUGGACGACAAUGCUCCAGCUCAUCCUGGUUGCAUCAUUGUGGAAUGGCUGCUGGAGAUUGGGGUACCUGGAAUGGAGUGACCUGCACUUUCCCCAGACCUGAAUCCCAUGGAAAACCUACAGGAUCAGCUGAGUCACCAUCUAGAGGCUUGUAGCUCUGUACCCCAGAACCUCAAUGACCUGUCCUUCAAGAAGAGUGGGAUGCCAUGCCUUAGUAGGCAAUAAUGCUGCGUUCCAUUAACCUUGCAAAUGUGAACUGGGAUGUCGGAGUUUACGUCACCUCCGAGUUGUAACGUUCCAGUUUUCAUGCGUAUUGCUAACAACUGUUACAGCAGUCUUACAACAAUAGCAAUGACAAUAAUGCUGUUUUAUGCGUUAUCUCCUGCAUAUAAACAGUGUUAAAACAUCUCAUUUCAUACCCUGAGAAGUAGUAUGCAUAUGAAUGACUAAAUGUUACAUAAAUAAAAGAGUAACAAACA